AUCGCGUCUACUCGCUUCCCGCAAGGUCAAGUGCGAGCGUCCAAGUCAUUGCUCCUCCUGUGCGCGCAUAUCUACUUGCACAGCGCACCCAGUGCUAUUACAAUCUGUGACCGGUGCUCUUUACUCAUGAUGCUGCGGAGACAACUUGUUUUGGCGUGCCUGUUCUGCUGGGUCGCGCACACAGCGGCCAGCAGCGACGACCGGUUCAUCAAGAAAUACGCAAUGAUGAAGAUUUAUGAAAGUUGUUUUGGUCCUGAAGUAGUAAAACAAAUUCGACAAGAAAUGAAGGACGCAUAUGCGAAAUGUUCGGCACCGCCAUCUUUCGACGCGCAGCCGAACCUGCACCUCCCGCCUUCGGUGCUAUUGGGGAAACUCCCGCCCGGCUUUGCCAUGGACCCAAGCUCGCAAACUAUCACUAAACCUACAGAUGGCGUUAUACACAACCAAGAAAACGACUUACCAAAUCAAGACUCGCAUUCCCUUAAGGGAUCGCCUCUAGGAGGUGUUCUUGCAUUUAGACCACAUAGCUCGCAGUUUAAUCAGCAACAGCCGUCGAUACCCCCUUACGUGAUGCCCGGCAGUCCUCAGUUCAGACCGUUCAGCCCCGCGACACCUUUCUACCAAUUCCCGUACGGCGCGCCCGGUCUGUUCUACCCUCCGGGAAUGCCGUCGUAUAAUCCCUACGCGUACCAACAACAAUAUCCACAAGGCUUUUAUCAGCAGCCGGGUUUCUUUGGAUCUAAUAGAAUGUCGCGAGAGUUGGAUAUACGCGACAGGCUGGAGUUGAUCUCGCGCACCGGCGGCGCGGGCGCGGGCGCGGGCGCUGGCGCUGGCGCCGGUCGCGUGCGCAACAUCACGUGCGUCAUGCAGGAGCUGGGCUACAUCGACCACAACCUCGAGCCCAACUACGAGCAAAUCACUCAGCGCAUCGCCAACCUGCCCGUCUCUAGCGAGCUGAAGGGCGAUAUUCAAGACGGCCUGCAGUUCUGCCAGAAGUUCUCGCAAUGCGUCCCAGAUACUAAGCGAGACGUGGCACCACUGUCGCAGGAGCUGAUCAAGCCUAUGUUUUUCUUUCGCUGCUACAAGCACAAAAAGUUGGAGGCGUGCAUCAUGAAGGACAUUCGGGAACGUUUCACCAGCGAGGACGAGUUAGACACCGACACUGAUUUUAGGUCGCUGUCGCGCUCGGCACGUGCGGCGCGGGCGCGCGACGAGCCGCUGCCCGAUCCUCGCUUCGACGCGCUCGAUGAGAUGGCCGUCUACCUCUACGACUAUCUCAGCGGCGGCAACGGCUUCGACUUCGAUCUCUACAUGUAAACUUGACUACUGCUGCCCACACUCUCGUGAUCACAAUCUUUAUUUCUACCCGAAAUUCAGCAGGCAGAGAAGGUAGUUUCAAACGUCAUGCUAUGAGGUUUCUGGUUAUAAUUAACAUCGAACGGUUACUGUCAAAUGCUUAAAAAGCAGGCGUGACGGUAUUUUUCUAACUAUAAAAGGGAUAAAUUAAGUAAGACGCAAGUGCAGAAAGUAUUUUACUCGUAUAUUAACGAUUCGUUAAUAUAGGUAUCCUGGCGUUCCUUCUGCACUAUGUCUAAAAAGUAUAAAAUACAUAUUGUAUAUUUAUUAGCUAGGUAUUCAUUAGCAGCGUUAUGUUGUUCGCAUAUGAAUUAUCGCGGAGAUAUAUAUUUUUAAAUGUAUAAAAAAAUUGUUUUACAAAUCUUGAUGACCCAAUGAAUAUGAAUUCAGUUUAAUAUCCGCUAAUUAUUUUCUAUGGUCAAACAUUGUGCGUUGUGCGCUAACUUAAAACCUGUAUUUAACAUGAGAAGACUCCAUUAAAGUUAUACGUGUACAUUUAUUUUACAUUUGAUUCUCAAAUAAGUUAUAGACAUAAGUAAAUUAAUAUAAAUGUUUGAAGUUUAGUUUACUAGUUAUAAAAGAGUCCGCCCAAACCAAUCCAAUGCGAAACUAUCACAAAUAAUAAUACGUUGUCAUUUAAAUUCCACGUUUACGGUGAUACUUUCACACAAAAUCACUACUAAUUUGUGCAGAAUUUGCUUGGUGUCUACUGUCUAGCAUCACACCAAGCCAAAAUCACUACUAAUGUGUGCAGAAUUUGCUUGGUGUCUAGCAUCACACCAAGCAAAAAUUCUAUAGCGAAUAUUGAAAUAGUAAGAGAUGUAAAAUCUAAUCGAAAUCGUGCCUUGAAUAAGACACGUAAAUGUCUAACGCUAUACUGUCCAUUCUUAUAAGGGUCUAUACCUAAUCUUACAAUUUCGUGACUACAUAAUUAACAUUAUUAUGGGUAGUAAUCAAUAAAAUCAAUUGUUAUUUCUGCGAUAGAAGUUGAUGGCACUAAAUACUAUUAAAGAUUAUGCACCUCUUGCUAUCAUUAGCUCUUUGGUUUAUAGUAAACAUGCAUCAAACGUUUAAGUUCUCGUACACAAAGCGUGGGGCCAUUUAGCUUUGUGGAUGACAGUUUAGUAUUAUAUUUAUAUAGUUUAGUGGUUCGUAUAGACCUUUCGAGAUUAUCGUGACAUUUAACUGCAUUUAUAGACCUAAUUUAUUAAUUAAGCAAUAAUAUAAGAUGUAUGCAGGUAUGACAAAUUUGUAUGCAGGGGGGUCUACUUUUGUCUGCAGCUGACUGUACCUUUAAAUUCAAUAAAAUGUUUUAAGUUGGAGCCAAUAAAGUGCUAUUUAAUGUAAGGCCUCUUUUGUAUUUGAACUUGAUCUUAACAUGAAAGGUUGUCAAAAUAUGAAUUUCUACGUCAUAUUUUCAUAAUCAAAAAAGGUGUCGAUACUCGUACAUAAUUAUAAAUAGGACCAUAUAAUUUUAUUACAAAU